UUAAAGCGUUAGGUGGCUUGAGAUGUCCACGAAUCCAACUGAAACUUAUCAAGAAGUUGCUCCGUUUUCUGUAUCAGAUCAAUUGCAUACACUUCUUCAAUGACAUUCAGUUUACCCUCUUCCUCGUCCGCCUCUUCUUCUUCCACUCUUAAACAGUCUUACGAUGUAUUCUUGAGUUUUAGAGGAAUAGACACUCGCAAUACUUUUACUGUCUUUCUAUACCAUGCUCUACGAGACAGGGGAAUCAAAACCUACAUAGAUGACAAAGAUCUUGAAAGAGGAGAGAUAAUUUCACCUACAGUUUUCAAAACUAUUGAGGAGUCGAUGAUUUCUAUCAUUGUAUUAUCUUCAAACUAUGCAUCAUCUGCAUGGUGCUUGGAAGAGUUAACGAAGAUCCUUGAGUGCAAGAAAACAAAACAACAAAUUGUUUUACCUGUGUUUUACCAUGUAAAUCCAUCAGAAGUACGAAAUCAAAGCGGAAGUUUUGGAGAAGCAUUGGCUAAACAUCAGGAGAGAUUUAAGGAGGAUCCGAAGGUGCAAAGGUGGAAGGAAAGCCUACAAGAGGUUGCCGGUUUGGCUGGAGAACAUUUGGAAGACGGCAGGAAUGAAUAUGAAUUUAUGCAUAAAAUCAUUGAAUGGGUGGACUCUACAAUAUUUAAAUCUACAUACCAGUUAGACAUUGCUGAGUAUCCAAUUGGACUGGAGUCUCGUCUAAAUGACUUGAACACUAAUUUAGAAAUUGGAAGGAAUGACAUUACUCUCAUGAUAGGGAUUUAUGGAACUGGUGGAAUUGGUAAAACAACUCUCGCCAAAGCAGUCUUUAACUCAAUUGGACAUCAAUUUGAAGCUAGAUGUUUUCUAGCAAAUGUUAGAGAGAUUUCGAGUCGAAAGGACGGUUUGGUCAAACUACAAGAGAAACUUCUUUAUGAGCUCUUAGGAAGCUUUGGAAGUUUUAAUAUUGGCGGUGUUAGAGGUUCUAAUGUUAUGAAGCAUAUGCUUUGCUCUAAAAGGGUACUUAUAAUUCUUGAUGAUGUGAAUGAGUUGCGCCAAUUAAAAGAAAUAGCUGGAAAUCAUAAUUGGUUCGGCCCAGGAAGUAGAAUAGUAAUAACAACAAGAGAUCAACAUCUAUUAACUUAUCAUCAAGUUGAUUCAACGUACGAAGUGCAGGAAUUGGACCACAACCAAGCUAUUCAACUUUUUAGUUGGCAUGCAUUUAAAAGAGAGAAGCCAAUUGAAAGUCAUGUAAAACUCACAACAUGUAUAAUAGGUUAUGCUAAGGGCCUUCCACUAGCUCUUACAGUACUUGGUUCAGAUUUACGUGGUAGAAGUAUACAAGAAUGGAAAAGUGCAUUGGAAGAGUAUGAAAGAAGUCCUCACAAGGAUAUUUAUGAAAUUCUUAAAAUAAGCUAUGAUGGGCUGGAUGACAAUGAAAGGGAUAUUUUUCUUGACAUUGCAUGUUUCUUCAAGGGGAACUCUGUUGAAUAUGUCACGAAAAUACUAGACAGUUGUCGUUUUUCAUCAUCUAUUGGCAUUGCAAGGCUUAAAGAUAAGUGUCUCAUCAAUAUUAAUUGUCAUCAAUGUGUGGAGAUGCAUGACUUGUUGCAAGAAAUGGGUAAAGAAAUUGUUCGACAAGAAUCGCCUAAAGAAGCUGGCAAGCGCAGUAGAUUGUGGUUUCAUGAAGAUAUUCGCCAUGUAUUAGAAGAAAAUACGGGAACAAAAACAAUUGAAGCGAUUUUGUUAGAUUUUCCCGGAGGCCAUGACAAGAUAUGCUUGCAUUCCAAGGCAUUUAAGAAGAUGAAGAAUCUUCGAUUGUUUUUAAAUCGAAAUGCACAAUUUUCUGCAGGGCCAGAAUAUCUAUCUAAUGAGAUAAGAGUGUUUGAUUGGCCUGAAUAUCCUUCCUCAUUUUUGCCUUCUAAUUUUCAUGGAAAUAAUCUCACUAUAUUAAGAAUGCCUGAUAGCCUCAUCAAGGAGUUAGGCGGCCUAAAAUCUAAGAACUUGACAGUUAUGGAUUUAUUUAAAUGUAAAUCCAUAACAAAAAUUCCUGACCUUUCAAGUAGCCCAAAUUUAGUGAAGUUGGAUCUUACAGUGUGUGAGAACUUAGUUGAGGUUCAUGAUUCCGUUGGAUUCCUUGAUAAGCUUUCGAGAUUUUCUGUUGGCGGAUGCUGCAAGCUUAGGAUUUUGCCGAAAAGAUUCAAGUUGAGAUCUCUACGUGUUUUUAAUCUUAGAGAGUGCUCUAGUCUCGAAGACUUUCCAGAGAUUGAGCGUGAAAUGGAAUUUUUACAUGUGUUAGAUUUUCGUGACUCUAGCAUAAAAGAACUACCUUCAUCAAUUGAGAACCUCAAAGGACUUAAAAAGUUAUAUCUGUACCCCGGCUCUAGUCUAAAGAAACUACCUUCAUCAAUUAGCAACCUUACUCAGCUUCAAGAAUUAUAUGUAGCAGGCUGCAUUGAUCAGUUGCGAAGUCUACACAUUGUCCAAGUCCACGGUGAUUCACAAGUACCAAUACACAUUGGAAAGGUGGAGGAGGAUGGUAUACAAUCCACGCCAUCUGUUGUGUCUACAGGCGAAGAAUGUGAAAUUGCAUCAACUACUGCAGAAUUGACUCCAACAAAUUCAAGCAUUUUUAAUGAUGCAAGUUCCUCCUCAAGCGCGAUUUGGAAAUCGCUACAAGUUUUAACUCUUCGAUUCUGUUGCCUGUCAGAAUCAAAUUUCUUCACGAAUGGUAAUUACUUUCCUGCUUUGGAUAGGUUAGAUCUAAGUGGGAGUGAUAUUGUUAUCUUUCCAGUUCAAAGCCUCAGAUUUGAUAGGUUGCGAGACCUUUGUUUGAACAAUUGCAAGAAACUUGAAGAAAUUUUACCUCUUCCAUCAAGUAUAGCAAGUGUUCAUGCUCGUGAAUGCACGUCAUUGGAAAGUUUUGCACUACUAUCUGAAAUACUUAUUAAAAACAAUGGAACGAAUUUUCGUAACCUCCAAAGGAUUGACUUGUACGGAUGCCAUAAACUGCUUGCGAAAAUAAGCUGGCUGAUUCCUUCAUGGGAAGAAGACAUUCUAAGGAACAAAAUUGGGCAUACCUACUUUUUUUUGAAGAUAAAGUCUCAUGUAUUCACUUAUAAAAGUGUUUGGAUACAAGUUGGGAUAGUACCUACAGACCAGAUACUAUCUCUAAUACUAAGUGAAUCUCAACUUAAAGCAUGAGCUUCAACAUUACCAGCUCUAAGAGUAUUCCUCACAGUCCAAGAUGUGAAAGAGUUCAAAAUAGACUUAGCGUCCCUAAUCAUUGUUCCCACAUAAGAAUCAAUGACUUCACUAGCCUUGAGAUAGUUGACAACUUGUAAAGAGUCCCCUUCGAAGAUGAGUUCCUUCCAGCCUAGUGACUUGCAGAAAAUGGAUGCUUGCAGGAGAGCAUAGGCUUCGGCCAAUAGGGGGUCAGGGUAGAGAUCAUGCUUCAUUCUCACAGUGGCCUUAACUGUUCCUUCCCAAUCUUGAAUAACAGCUCCAAUACCCACCUUGCAAUUGUUUUUGUCAAGGGCAGCAUCCCAAUUCAACUUUAGUUGGCCACGUGUAGGAGCUUCCCAUUGAGAUGACCUCCCCAUAUCAGUUGUUGGAGCUUCACGUGUAGGAGCAUCCCAAUUGUUUUUUUUAUGUUGACUGCUCUAUUUCGUGACAUGAUACAUUUGAAAAGCAUUAAAACUAAUAUUAAAGAAGAUGAAAACAUCUCACAAUUCUUUUCCAUUAUAAGCUGCCUGAUCAUUGGGAUGAAGAAGAGAAUAGAAUAUGGAAACCCUCCAAAGUACCUAAUCCACAUAUAAAGGACCAUGGAAGCGCAAGAAAAUUAAGAAUCCCAAUUAUACAGGGAAAUAGAAGACUCCUUGGAUUGAUAAUCCAGGAGCAUAUCAGAACAGAAAAUGCCCCUCUCGAUAAAUCUGGUAUACUUGUCAUUCUGAUAUUGGCUACAAGGAUGAUAUCAUUCUUGGAUCAGAUACAAGAACCAUCGAAGGACCCAUAAUCACUGAAAAGAACUGUCUUGGUGUUUGCUUUCUUUCAACAAGGUUAGUUCACAACUACAACAGCACUCGCCCUCAUGAAGAAUCACCUUUUCAAGUGAUGUUUCAUUUGUUGCAAACCAAGAAAUGAAAGUUGCAUUUGAGUUGAUGUUACUGGAUCACGUCAUCUGCAUACUGGAGAUUCUAAGGAACAAAAUUGGAUACACCGAUAUAAGAAGAGCAUUGGCAUUAUAUUUCCAGGAAAAAGGAUUCCAAGCUUGUUCAGUCAUUGCAAGGAGGCUAAUGAUAGUAACUUGUGUGAACUAGAUAUUAAUGGGCCCCUGUAUUUGAAUGACAUAGAAGAAAUUGUUUUCUGUGUUGUUAUUGGAUCUAGAGUUGUGGUCAACCCAGAAAUGGAGGAGAUCGAAAUUUGUAUUAAAAUCAAGGAUAGAUCGUGGGGUCUCUUCUGGCUCCAGCAUUUAAGAUUUGGUAAAGAAGCAUGAAGAGAAUGCAAAAGAU